AUGGACUAUGAAAGCCCAGGGCACCUCGGGUAUUUUCUGCCUCCUACCCUCCUUGUCGUCUGUCAGUCUCUACUGUACAAAGAGCAUAUUUCUAGCAAUUUUUCUGCUCUGAACAAGGUUUGUGCACUAGUAUACUCCAUUGCUAUACGUGAAAUGUCAAGCUCUAGUCCAGAGACCCCUGACUCUAACUCCGAGCAAUUUGGUGGCAGUCACUAUGUAUCUCCUCCUGCCACCCUGACUCCAAGUUGGUUACGCUUGUACAUCAAACCGACAGUGCACAAUUCUGGCCUUGUUAAAAAUGUGCAGGAUAGGAGAGCUAAACUACUCACUGAUCAUCUGGAUGAGAGUGGUGAAGUCAUGCCCCCAGAUCAAAAUCUGAUGUCGAACACUGUCCAGCCUGAGACAGGACAAUGGCUUACUCCCAUCUCACAGCAGGAGCUCCCAAACAACUCUGCACAAGGCCCAUGCGAACCUCCCCUUCCUCUCAUUCCUCAGCAACCUCAGCCUAACAUGAUCCUUCCACAACCUCCCAUUGCUACCAUGCAGGGAACAUGCACACCUGUAGGGUUGAAUGGCAGGCAGGAUGUCCAUGCUGCUCCACUUAACAUUGGAUUGAGUGUUGAUGCUCCUGGCAUGCUAGGUCUUUCCUGGGCCACUCCUAUGGAUGUCUUUGGUCAAGGCACUGCCGCUACAUUCAAUGAUGUGCAUUGUCCAUUCACAGAUACCACAUUCAACUUCUCCUUGCUUGAUAUUCCAUGGGAUCCUCCUUCCUUCAGUGCUCAACCUGUUGAAGGUGCUUUCCUAAGCAAUGGCGAUGAAGGAGAAUCUCCAGCUAGUGCACUGGUUGACUGUAGGACAGAUGAGGUGAAUGUGUCAUUGGAGGAGAAUUUCAAAGCUAUCAAUGACAUAUUCAAUGAUCUUGUCACAAAAACUGGCUUACCUUUGCAGCAAGUCUCUCAUGAACUGCAAAGGCUUGGCGAUAUUGAGAUAGCUGAUGGUGCUCAAAUUACACCAACAAUCCGAGCUGAAUGCUACAAGGUGUUCCAAGUGCCUUUUCUGGAUUCAUGGCAAGAAAUUCUCGAGAUGUUUGAGCAAAUGGAGAUGAGAUCAAUUGGACCUCAGACAGUCUCACAGCAAACACAGAAAUUUGGUGUGCCAAGCACAAAAGAAGAUGAGCCACCACAUAAGCAUAAAUCAUCUAAAGUGUUGCCAGAGGCUCCAGCAGCCAUGAAAGAUGACCUGGAUGCUCCAGAGGUUCUCGACAUCAAUGAUUGGCAACUGCAGGUCGAUCUUCUUCAAUCUAUCAAGGGCGGAAUCAUUGCAUUACUCAAUGAGCUGGGUGGGAAACUCACUGUCUGCUCAGGCAAUUUCCCUUGGAAGAAGCUCUGCAGUGACCUUGACCAUCAAGGGUUUGUCAUUGAAGGCUAUCUGGAGGACAUUCUUAUGCCAGGAGAAACAUGCAGCACCAAUGCGAGGAGUAAGGGGAUCGACAACCUCAACAAACAGGAACAGAUCAUCUUUGCAGAAGCCUUGAAAUCAGGAACACUGUUGCUUGCCAACAGCAUUAUGGAUCAUGAAGGACCAUCUCAUCUCCAGCCUAGUGCAGCAACUACCAAAGUCAGGAAGCCAACUAGCAGGCAGGCCACACCCAUUGCUCUCCCCAUAGUUGUCAAGGACGAUUCUCCCACUUCUGCCAUUGUUCAUAGGAAAAAUCUUGUUGUCUCAGUUGAGAUACCUCCUGCACACAAGGCAACAGCAGUACCUUCCAAUGACAUCAUACCUCCUGCACACCCCUUUAAGGUAGUCAGGCCUCCAAAAUCAAAGGCAAUAGCAGUACCUUCCAAUGUCAUCACUCUCAAUGAGUCAGUGAAGGCACUGUCUGGAUCUGAGGGAGAUGACUCAGAGUAUGAUGACCUUCCACAAGAUGGGUCUGACUAUGAGGAUGGAGUCCAGUUCCGCAAAUGCAAGGCAAAGACGAUUGGUAGCACUGACAGAUUUAAGUGUCAUGUUCCAUCUAGUGACAUUGAGGUGAUUGAGCUGGAGCCGCGGCCCAAGGGAAAGGGCAAAGAGGCUGCAUCACAGAAGGAGAGGGCAAGGGUAUGCUAUCAUGAGCUCACCUCCGAUUCUGAAGAGGAACAGAAGCCAGACAAAGUCAAGGAAGGUAUUUGGCGUGCCUUUGUGACUCUGAGAUGGUCCAGAUGCUUCAUAUGCACAAAUCAUCAAGAGCAGCAGGACCCUUGGGAGCAUCAAAAUCAUUGGGAGCAAAAGCAGCGGUGGUUGAGGGUGGGAUGCUUCAUGUGCACAAAUCAUCGAGAGCAGCAGAACCAUUUAGAGCAGCAAGAGGAGGAGUAUCACCAGAGCCACUUGACAACUUACCGUCUGCCCCCUCAUCUGCCCUCUCAUCUCCAUUGCCUCAAUUUUAGCAACCUCCACACUCACUGGUUCCACCAUCAUUCACCCAGCACAGCCCUGCCCUCCAAACCACACCAUAUAAAUACAAUCAUGGCAGAGCCCUUCCAGUGCCUUCAUAUGGUCAACAUCUUGACAUGCUGCAAGAUCAACUACCAAUGGACUGUUCAACCCCUCCAGGUCACAAAUCAAGGUUCAGGUGUCGACACUGCCAGUUACAGCCACGCCCAGUAUGCUCCUCGCAACAACGUGUAUCCACACCUUGUACCCCAUCAUGCUAACACUGCACAUGCGGAAGCUUAUAAUACUAAUGCACCUGCUCAUCAGCAAUGUCUAGAAGAUUACAAUACUUGUCCACCAGUACCUUUUCAACAACAACAAUAUCCAGAAAUUUACGGAUGUGUGCCUGCUAGUGCACCUUCUGAGCAGCAGCAGCACAUGGAGAAUUAUGGUGCUCAUGCACCUGCUCCUCAACAGUACAAGGAGACUUACAACAUGUGUGUGCCUGUUCAUCAACCACCUGCUUCUCAACAGCAUACAGAGACUUACAACACUUGUGUGCCUGCUCCCCAACAAGGACUUGUGGGUCACCAUGAUGGCAUGGUAGCAUAUAACAUGGAUGAACACUGGCAGCCUCACUAUGGGUCCAUGGUGCAUCAGGCCGAGAACAUACAAACACCCCCGCUCUAG